CCUGCAAAGUUAACCAUAGCAGCAAGCACAGCAGCGACAGCAGCAGCAGCAACCAAAACAGCAGCAAUGGCCGCUUUCCGCAGGGUGGCUGCGCUGGCGGGGAAAAUGAACCUCCUGACGGCGACGAGAACCGAGCUGGUCGGUGGUCAGGCUGCCGCUGGAGGGAGAGCACGGAAGUGUCUGGCUGUCGGUAUGUGUCUCGCAACGGGAGGCGCGGUGGCUCUUUACUUCUACAACGAUUUGACGACCGUCGCCAGAGGCAGGAAGAGGAUGAGGAGUCCCAGCAUCAGCGGGCUACUGCCCUCCAUCCCGACUGUAGAAGCCAAAGAGAAGGCUCGUCCCUUUGACUUUGAGGAUGGGGACGUGUACAUGUCGUCCCACGAGCAUCGCUUCCGCACGUUCAGCUCUGUGGAGUACGACGGGCAGCUGUACAUGACCCCACAGAACUUCAUCGAGUCGGUCACCAUGAGCGAACCAAGAAACAAGAGGCCCUGGAGGUCCCUGACCAAACAGGAGCUGGAGAAGAUUUUGACAGAUACUCCGCCCGUAUGGAGAGGAUCCUCCAAACUGUUCCGCAACCUGAGAGAACGAGGCAUCAUCUCGUACACAGAGUACCUGUUCCUGCUCUGCAUCCUGACAAAACCCCACGCUGGCUUUAAGAUUGCCUUCAAUAUGUUUGAUGCGGACGGCAACCAGAUGGUGGACAAGAGGGAGUUCAUGGUGCUUCAGGAGAUCUUCCGUAAGAAAAAUGAGAAGAAAGGGCGGAGAGGAGAUGCUGAGAAGUCGGCACAGUUGAGUAUGCAGCUCUAUGGAUAUCAGGUUGCCCCCAUGAACAGCGUGCUAAAAAAAGACAGUCAGGAGUUUGUGGUGCGGAGUUACUGGGACGUUCUGAGGCGAGGCGCCAGUCAAGUCCUCUUUUCGGACCUGGCGGAGGAUUUUACUCUUGAGCGAGCAGACGAGAGCAUCACCAUUGACACCACCCUGUUGGUGCAUUUCUUUGGGAAGAAAGGGAAGGCGGAGCUUACGUUUGAUGACUUCUACAGGUUUAUGGAUAACCUUCAGACAGAGGUGUUGGAGAUAGAGUUUCUGACCUACUCUAAAGGGAUGACCACCAUCAGUGAAGAAGACUUUGCCAAAAUCCUGCUGCGCUUCACCAACGUGGAGAACAUCAGUGCCUACCUGGAGAACGUUCGCCAUUGUAUACCUGACGAGAAAAAGCAGGGAAUCACCUUCGAUGAGUUCAGAUCCUUCUUCCAGUUUCUUAACAACCUGGAGGACUUCGCCAUCGCCAUGCAGAUGUACAAUUUCGCCUCUCGCUCCAUCGGACAAGAUGAGUUUGCCCGAGCGGUUUAUGUGGCCACGGGGCUGAAGCUGACACGUCACCUUGUAAACACCAUCUUCAAGAUCUUUGACGUCGACCACGACGACCAGCUCUCCUACAAGGAGUUCAUCGGGAUAAUGAAGGACCGGCUGCACAGAGGAGCCAGGGGUUAUAAAUCUGUGGAGCGUGCCACCUCUUUUAAGUCCUGUCUGAAGAAGGAGCUGGCGAGCAGCAGGUGAAGGGACGACGCCACGCCUCCUUCUCCGACUGCGUCCGCUCUGAGGCCGGGAAACAAGUUCACCAGCUCUGGAGGAGGUUCCAGGAGAAGCCGUAGAAGAGGAGAGAGUCUAACGGCGGGCAAUAAAAACACAAAAAAUGAAGGAAGCAUUUUGAAGUACGGGUUAAAUUAAAGUGAGAAAACAACUCUGUGUCUUCAAGAGCAGACGUCCAACGCAGAUGAUAACUACAAGCAUGACCGCACACAGCAGCUGACUGACUUCCUGUUUAUUAGCAACAUGACUCCUCUCCUCCUGUUUGUGACAUAGAUCUGAUUCCAGUUAUUAUUAUAUAAUAUAACUUUAUCCUCGAUGCAUGGUGCCUCCUUAACAGUCAGUGAGACUGUGACUUGUUUUUUAAAUGGAGCUGUAAAUGUGAUGUUAUGAAAUGUAAUUUAUUCCGACCAGUGUACAAAAGCAAAGUUAUUGUUUGAACGGCUGCACUACAAACUGAAGGAGCACAAAUAUAAUGAUAUAACAAUCACAACCCCAUGUGAUGAUAAAAUUAAACAUGCAGGAUUAACUACA